AUGCACCUUGUUGAAGAUGCUGCAGGCAAGGAUGAAGAUGACGAAGAAACGGGGGAAUGUAAAAAUAUCUUCAAAAAUAUUAAAUUAUUCUUGAGUCAUGAGAUGUCAAUUCUUGAGAAACAAUAUCAUGAUGAAUUGAAAAUAGAACUUCAAGGCGUCCAGUAUUCUUCUGUGUCAAAUACGAGUAAGCAGAAUUCUGUUGACGACACAGAGGCUGGAGGAGAAUCUCUUCCUGAUUUACAGCAAAUUGCUGAGGAUGCUGCCAGCAUUUCCAAGGUUGUGACGUCACGUAAAAAGAGGAGGCUCUAUGAAGCAAUUGCAGGUAAUUUUCUUGACAUUAUUAUUCUGCCUUAA